AUGUCGCGUCCCGAAGAUCUGGCACCACCGGAGAUCUUUUACAAUGAUAGUGAGGCAAAUAAGUACACGGGUUCUACUAGAGUUCAGCACAUCCAGGCGAAAAUGACGCUGCGGGCGCUGGAGUUGCUGAACUUGCAGCCGUGCAGCUUUGUGUUGGACGUCGGAUGUGGGUCCGGGCUAUCCGGGGAAAUCCUGACACAGGAGGGCGACCAUGUUUGGUGUGGGCUGGACAUUUCACCCAGUAUGCUGGCGACCGGGUUGGACAGGGAGUUGGAGGGUGAUCUUAUGCUACAGGACAUGGGCACCGGUGUGCCCUUCCGGGCAGGGUCUUUUGAUGCGGCGAUUAGCAUCAGUGCGAUUCAGUGGCUGUGCAAUGCAGACACGUCGUACAACGACCCGAAGCAGCGGAUGAUGCGGUUCUUCAACACGCUGUACGCGGCGCUGAAGAAGGGUGGUAAGUUCGUAGCCCAGUUCUACCCGAAGAACGACAUCCAGGUGGACGACAUCCUGCAGUCUGCCAAAGUGGCCGGUUUCAGUGGCGGGCUCGUGGUCGACGACCCUGAGUCCAAAAAGAAUAAGAAGUACUACCUGGUACUGAGCAGCGGCGCCCCGCCGCUGGGCGAGGAGCAGGUCAACCUGGACGGUGUGACCAUGGAUGAGGAGAACAUCAAGCAGACACGCCAGCUGCGCCAGCGUUUGAAGAACGGCAAGGACAAGGAGUCCGCCAAGACUUUCAUCCUGAGAAAGAAGGAGCUGAUGAAGAGGCGUGGGAGGAAGGUCGCCAAGGACUCCAAGUUCACCGGCAGAAAGAGAAGACACAGAUUCUAG